ACCAAAUACCAAUCCACGCAUCAGAGCUCAGAAGCUAGGCCAGCGCCAUGGGAGAAGCUGCAGCUGUUGUCGCCGCCUCGCGCGACGGCUUCUUCGGCCUGGGCGAGUGCAAGGGCCAGGUGGUGAUCGACGGCGAGCAGGUGCCACUGGUCCUGACGCCGGGCAGCGAGGAGGUGAGCGGCCACGACCACAAGGCGCUGGUGGCGGCCCUGGUGGCCAACCGGGAGUGGGUGGAGGAGAAGGUGGUGGCCAACAGCGGCGUGCUGCUGCGCGGCUUCGGCGUCCGCGACGCCGUGGAGUUCGACGCCAUCGUGGACGCGCUCGGGUGGCCGGACAUCCGGUACGUCGGCCCCGCCCCGCGCACCCACGUCCACGGCCGCAUCUGGACCGCCAACGAGGGCCCCCUCGAGGAGUUCAUCUACUACCACCACGAGAUGGUCCUCAUCAAGGAGUUCCCGGGGAAGGUGAUCCUGUUCUGCGAGGUGCCGCCGCCGGAGGGCGGGGAGACGCCGUUCGUGCCGAGCUUCCGGGUGACGGAGCGCGCGCUGCAGGAGUUCCCGGACAUGGUGGAGGAGCUGGACGCCAAGGGGCUCCGCUACACCUUCACCGCGCUGAGCAAGGACGACACCAAGUCCAUGCGGGGGCGAGGGUGGGAGGACGCCUUCGCCACCACCGACAAGGCCGUGGCCGAGCAGAGAGCCCGCGCGCUGGGGAUGGACGUGGAGUGGCUGCCGGAGGAAGGCGGCGUGAGGACCAUCCUCGGGCCGAGGCAGCUGACGCGGGUGUUCCCGGGCCGGAAGGGCCGGCGGAUGUGGUUCAACACGGUGGUGGGGAUGCACGGCAAGGAGCUCAGCUCCGCCACGUUCGCCGACGGCUCCGAGAUACCGGCGGACUUCGUGCGCCGGUGCGGCGAGAUCAUCGAGGAGGAGAGCAUCCAGUUCCGGUGGGAGAAGGGCGACGUGCUCAUCCUCGACAACCUCGCAACGCUCCACGGCCGCCGGCCGUCGCUGGCGCCCAGGAGGGUCCUCGUCGCCACAUGCAAGUGAUCUCAUUUCAUGCAUCACCCACCUUAACUAAUUGGUUAGUUAAUUAAGCUUGAGGGUGGACCUGGCUUGAUUAACUAAUUAAUCUUAGUUGGUGCUGGGGAUGCUGCAUUUGGCUCUUCUAUAAUAAGCUGCCUUGAGUUACUACGGUAAAAUGGCUUUGUGCAUUGUGAUGCAGAAGCUGGGUACUCCCUUUUCAGAAAAAAAAAAGUUACUACGGUAAAAUAAGAGCUGAAGGUUUGAUUAAGUCAGUCGGCUUAAUACUUAUUACAGCCAAAGAGGGGUGCGGUAGUUUCUCCCUUAUAAUUAGUAAUUUUGCAUCCAUCAUUAUGCUUUUUCUUUUAUAUUUCAUCCAUCAUUAUGCUGGGUGACAUGCAUUACGACAUGUAAGGCUUAUUUCCUUCGAGUGAUAUAUUAAGAGAUGCAUGCAGCAGUGUUAUGCAUCUUCUCUUUA